UCUGGAAGUUUUACCUUCUGCCAGUUAAUGUGUUGAGCUCGAGACAAAAAGAAAGAGAGCGAUAUUUUACAGCGUCGUAAAAAGUAGCCAGCGGACGGAAGUUAACUUUAUUCCGGUGUUUUUAGGAGUCGAAUCGUUCCGUCAUGGAGUUUGGAGAAGAGUCGUCGCCUGCUCUGGCUUUCGAGAAGGACGCGUUUGAGCUCACGGUGGAGGAUGUGUAUGACAUUUCCUAUGUGAUCGGACGAGAUCUGUUGAAAAUAAGCAGCACAGGCGAAGAAGUGUCGGACUUACAGUUCAGAAUAGUCCGCGUGUUGGAAAUGUUCGAGACUCUGGUAAAUAAGUACAACUUGUCUCUGGAGGAGCUGAAAAUGGAGCGGGACAACUUGAGGAGUGAGCUGGACCGGAUCCUCAAGUCGAGCUCCGCUGGACCGGGCAUGCAAAUAGCGGGUCCAAACCAGCUGCUGGUGGACCUCACAGACCCCAACAGACCGCGCUUCACCAUGCAGGAGCUGAAGGAGGUUCUGCAGGAGAGGAACCAGCUCAAAGCUCAGCUCAUGGUGGCUCAGGAGGAGCUCCAGCUGUACAAGAGUGGGAUUCUGCCACAGGCUGAAGCAGCGAUGGUGGAGGUGGAUCUGGGGACACAGACACCACAGCGCAGUCCAGCCAUCAUAAAUGAUGCAAAAGAGGAGAAGACAACCAUAGGCAAACUGUUUUCAUUCAGGCGAAAAUAAGAACAAUCUCUCAGAAGAACUGACCACGGAGAAGACAAACGGGAUUUGUCAGUUAGACACUUUUAUAUUGAUUAUUUUUUACCAUGUCUAUUGUCAAUCUAACAAGCACUGUAUUUUGUACUGGUGAUUUUAACCUAAAAUCGUUUACCGUAGUAGAUGUAGUAGAAAUAUAUACAAGAUAUGAAAUGAAACUGGAAAGUAUUAUCUCACGAGUGUUGGAGAUUAUGUUGAAUGCGUUCACUCGAAAUGAAGUCAUUUAUAGGCAUGAAAAUUGAUUAUUUUUAAAAUAUUUAAUGUGUUGUUUCACACCAAUACAAGUUCUCAUCUCAAAGUAGACAAAUACAUUUGUAUUGUUAAUUCAGUAAAGUCAGAGUCCACUCAAAACGUUGUUGCACAUAUCUAAAGGUACCGUCAACAUUACUGUUGUUCUAUAAGCCACUGUGUGUCUCUGUACAAUAGAAAUGCAGCUGAAAGGCAACAGUCACAACAUUUUGUUAUUCAUUUAUUGUGCUCUUAUUGUGUCUUUUAGUCUCACAACUCAGAAGCUUUCUCUUCAAUCUGGCUGUAAAUAUGACAUUUAGGAGACUUGGUAGCCUGAAGGUUUGUUCCACAUAACCACAACAUUUUCUGCUCCCUUCUAGUCGUGGACCUUUGUUGCAUGUUAUACCCCCCCCUCCCCUCCCCCCCCAUACAUUUCCACACUGGCAAGUAUCAAAUUACAGUAAAAAUGCCCAAAAUAAGUGGAGGAGCGUGUCAUCUUAGAACACCAUAUUUCAUAAAUACCUCAGAUAGUCUUCAACGUGAACCAUGUCACAGCUAGAAUGAAAACUCAGUGUUUUAUCCCUUAAUUUACGGCACAAGUAAUAAUUUACAAUAGUGAAAUUGAAUUGUCAAUUAUAAUCACUACAAAAGGAAACACCAUAGACAAUGUGAAACACUUUUCAAGCUUCAAUCUGGUACUAUUUGAUAAAAUAAAAAAUAAAACCAUGAUUUAAAAAAAAAAACAGUUGCAAAAAUACACUCACGAGUUGAUCGCCCUUGUUUAAAACUAUAACAUAUUUUAUACCCGAUAAAAAAAGCCUGUUGAGGACUGUUCAUUCUUAGCUUAUUUUACAUUAAGCUGAACAGGACGAGCACCAAUUCAUCUGAAAUAUGAACGCCUGUCGUCGUGGAUUCAGUAUUUGAGCCACGGGUGAGCCGACACGGAGGCUUUACUUCGAUCGCCGUAGUCGUACAGCAGCUCUUCCUCGGCUACGAUGUCUCUGGACGCCACCAGGAUGAGAUGAGGCGUUCCAUCGAUGGCGUGAAGCCGAGUCUGACAGUUUCCAGCUUUACUGUGGUUGAUCAGUCUUCCAAGACGGCUCGUUUCCUCUGUAGCGUCCACACUGUGAAGCGUAAACAAUUCAAGAUUAAACUGUCACUAAAGCACAAGACGGGUAUCCAAACUGGGAGUCACGGAUAUAGGAUUUGUUUUAUUUAUUUAAAGCCUUUUGCAAUCUUAAUGACACCUAUGAAAAGUAUUUUAUAAGGAGACUGCUCAUUACAAGAACGUACUUCCUUAGACAGCCCAAUUCUUGAGGAUAAUUUUCCUUACCAUACAUUCUCUAAAACAUCUGUGUAUACAUGAUGGGUAUGACAUGCAACCAAACUUAAGUUUAUAGAAUUGGCACAACAACAAAUCCUAUGUCAUGGUGGUGACGUUUGGACAUACCAGUAAGUUUUGGAUUGAUACUGGAAGUAGUACAUGUAACAGCCUUUCUGGGGAUCCUGGGUGUACUGGGCCUCUCUUAUUUUAGCCUCAGCUAGCUCCAGCAGGUCUCCAUGGUACUCCACAACAAACUCUCCUUUUUUGAAGAUCUUGGCAGCAAAUAUCCCUCUUCCCUUUCCUUCUAUGGGUUUGAUCUGUUGACGUUCAAAAGCAGCGACGUGUGAAAUACAACAGGGGUGCUUUACUGCGACUUUCAAAAACAUUAAACUUCUAACGUGGUUAGGGAUUCUUUUGCCCAAACUAAGCAUCAACCAAUGACUGGUUAAAUAACAAAGAAUAUGUUUUGGUGAAAAAUAAAAUAUUUGUCACAGAAAUGACUGAUCUACUGCAAAUGCACACCACUCUAGUAAAAUGUAUAACUCUGCCAUUAAAGACAACCAAUGAAUUGUGUUGUUACUAAACAGAUUUUUUUUACUAUUCACAGUGAAAUGUAUGGAACGCAUUUGGACUGAAAUGGCCACAGUACAUUGAAACCAUUAAGUGUUACCUGCAUUCCUUCUUCAAUGUCGUUCUUUAUCAGGUCAUCGAUGUGUCUGUGCUCCUCACUCUGUUGGCAAUAACAGUAAUUGCAUCAAAGUCAAACCUUCUGUUAUGGGUAGUGAUAUAGAGUUGCAGAAUAGAAACUAAAUAAAGUCAGCAAUAAUAACUAAUCAUAAUAAAAACAUUUCAUACAGACCUUUAACUCUGUCUUUGUUUUCCUGUUACUCCGUCUGAUGGGAUAAUAAUCUGUGACCUUUCUGUUUUGGAGAGCUUUAUUCUUC